ACGCAGCCUCGGUCGGUCGGCAGGCACGGCUGGUCACCUCACCUAGCCAGCGACCUCCCCACCGGCCGUCUGCCAUGUCAGAGCCCGGCGCCCGUCCGCGGCAGCGGCGGAGGUGGCGCGUGUACUGGUGCUACGUGUGUAGCCGCGCGCUGCGCACCGUGUCGUCCCCAACCUCCGACGUCUUCUGCCCCCGCUGCCUCGGCCGCUUCCUCCACGAGAUCGAGCUCCCCGUGCCGCGCGAGCCCGUGCACCGGCCCACCGAGCGGCUCUUCCACCCGGCGCCCCUGUUCCCGUACGAGGGCGCUCCCCGCCAUUGGGUCAUAUACAGGGGCGAGGACGACAACGCGGCCGACACCGACACGCCAGGCCCACGUCGCCGCCGUGUCCCCUCCCCGCCUCCGGCGCCGGGAACGCACGGCGGCAUAGACGGUGCCGAAGCCGGUCCACAGGCAACCGGCAUCGACCCGGCGGGGUUCUUCACCGGCCCCAACCUGAACGCGCUCAUCGAGGGUCUGACGCAGAACGACCGCCCCGGCCCGCCGCCCGCGCCGGCAUCGGCGAUCGACUCGCUCCCGAUGGUGCAGGUCUCGCCGGCGCACAUGGCGGACGGCUCGCAGUGCCCCGUCUGCAAGGAGGAGUUCGAGCUCGGGGAGACCGCUCGCGAGCUGCCUUGCAAGCACGCGUACCACUCCGACUGCAUCGUGCCGUGGCUCGAGCUCCACAACUCCUGUCCGGUCUGCCGGCAGGAGCUGCCGCUACCAGCCGGUGAAUUUCCCGAUGGUGCUGCUGCAGGCGACGGAGGCGAUGAGAGGGUUCCGCCGUGGCAGCAGCUUGCCGGCUGGGGACCACUGGCUUGGCUGUUAAUGCUGGGGGAUCCGGAGGUGAACGGCUGGGAGAAUGGACCUGGGAGGCGUGGGAGGGAAGCCGACGCCGAUGACGGCGGCGGCAAUGUCAGUCGUCGCGCCACGAUUCUUCAGUCGUUUGUUCUCGUCGCUGCUUGCUUUUUCUUUGUCUCAUUUCUCGUUUGAGGAAUGGCAGAUUGGAGACACGUGUGCAGAUCAUUAUUCGGAAAAGAAGACCCAAGUUCCAUGUGCAGCUCGACUCAAAAAGAAAAGUAACGUGUGCAGCUUGAUCGUAUGUUUUUUUUUUUAUGUACAAAGCUUCUUUCUUUUUUUACCUCAAAUUUUAUGUGCAGAGGAUUUCUAAUGCGUACUAAUUAACUCCCACAUUCGUCUGUUUGGACUUAGUUUGUCAUUUAACAC